AUGUCUACGGGAAAGAAGGUUCUAACUACGGACGUUGUGGCUGUUAUGAGUCUCGAACAUUGCAAGAAACGGUUAUUCCACUUACGAAAGUUAUUGAAAGAUUUAUGGUCGAGAUUUCGUAGUAAUUAUCUAAAUGAACUUCGUCAGAUGAACAUUUACCGCAAGGAGAAAGGUGGAAAGGCUAGAAUGAUCGAACUCGGAGAUGUAGUGCUGAUCAAAGACGACGACCCUACACCGCGGACGCAAUGGAGAAUGGGCAAGGUUUUGAAUCUGGUGAAAGGUCGUGAUGAGAAAGUACGUGGCGCUAAACUGAAGGUGCUUUCUAAAACUGGAAAGCAGACAUACGUGUUUAGACCAAUUCAAAGAUUGAUUCCGUUCGAAAUUGUAGAAACAUCAAGAAACGAUCGUAGAGAUGAUAAUUCCGAAGGACAAUUGAAUGAAACGAUUGUAGAACUGCCGGAGAUCGAGAACAGUGAUGAAAACAGGAAACAACGCAAUGAUGGACGAGUUAGGAGAAAAGCAGCGAUCGAAGGGCAGAACAUGCGAAGAGCUCGUGAACAAUAUUAUUAA